CCUGCGCAGGCGGUGAUGGCGGCGGGCGGAGCUGGGGCGGCCAUGGCGGGCGGCCAGGCCGGAGCAGCGCGAUCCCGAUCGCUGUUCUUGUGGGAUGACGGGCAUCCUAUGCGGUUCUACCUGCGGCCCGGCCUAGCCAAGCUGCGCCUGGCGCCCCUAGUGCUGGCGGGCGGCGGGCGCCUGUGUCGGGUGCAGGAGCCAGGGGCCGUGCUCCUGGCGCAGCCCGGCGAGGUGGCUCCCGACGGGGCCGUCUCAACCGAGUACGUGGCGGAGUGCGUGAAGCGCAACCAGCGGCUGCCGCUGGAGCCCUUCCUGCUGACAGCCCGCGGCCGCCUGGCCUUCACGGAGGCGGAGGAUGCGGCGCUGCUGCAGGCGGUGCGCGGCCAGCGCAUGGUGCGGGUGAGCGGCCGUGCGCUGUGGAUAGAGCUGGAGCGGAGCGGCCUGACGCGGCACAGCUGGCAGGCCAUGCGUGACCGCUACCUGCGGCACCUGCUGCCGCGGCUUUGGGAGCCCCCGCAGACGGAGGAUCCCACGCAGAUCAGGGGUCUGUUCGCGGCAGCUAAUCGGGAGUUCGAAAGCACGGAGUCAGAAAGUGACUCUUCAGAUGUUGCAGAACUUUCCACACAAGAUGGAGUGAGAAGGUCCCCAGGAGAAGCAGCAUCUGAGCUGAAAACUGGGCCAGAGGACUCUGCUUUCCCUGACAUUCAGUUACAAAGGCAAGAAAGACCACAAAGCACUUGUUCUUCUUCCAGCGUGGUGGGACAAGUAAUAAAAACUAUGGAGCACUUCAUGGAGAAGUUUGCUGUGGACCUGCACACUGUUACACAGGCCUUCCUCAAAAACAGCGGUGACGUGGAAGCUACUUCAUACUUUCUGCAGACAGGGCAGCGCUUGGAUGGGUACCCUGUAUGGAGCAGAGAGGAUGAUUUAGAAUUGCAAAAGGAUGAUGAACAUGCCAGAAAUAAAUUGAUAGCCAAAUUUGGAGCUGAAAACGUAGCAAAGCGGAUAGUGUUUAGAGAGAGUUAACAAGAGGACAUGACUGAUCCAGAACAGUUGCAGAAGUGUAAUAGUCAUUUCAGAAAAACAGUGGAAAAUUUGAUCGCAGUUCUGAAGUUUUCAGAAAUGCUUUGAUUUUUUUUGUAUUAAAAGGCCUG